GGACGCACUGCUCCAUUUUUCUGCUCAGACUGUCAGGAACAGAAGGCAUGGCCGAACCUCCUGUUGUCAUAUGGGAGCAGGAGGUCGCACAYCUCCUACGGUGCAAAGACCUUAUUCCCCGUCUGGAAGACGCCUUGGGGAAGUUUUCCAGGCGGGACAGUUCGGAAGUGAUCCAGCCUGUGAGAACCGCGGUGCCACUGCAGAAACACAGAGGGUUCAUGGGGUUGAUGCCUACAUACAUGGAGAAAGAUGGKGUCCUGUCCACAAAGUUUGCAUGUUUCUACAAAAGAGAGGAGGGCUCUAGUUUGCCAUCUGUUCAAGCCACUGUGGUGCUGCUGGAUCCAGAAUAUGGCAACGUGAAGGCUGUCAUGGAUGGAGAGGUCAUCACAGCCAUGAGGACCGCUGCAGUCUCAGCUAUCUCUGCUAAGCUGCUGAUGUGCCCCGGAGCAGAUGUUUUGGCCAUCCUGGGGACUGGCAAACAGGCUCUGAGUCAUUACCGUGUCUUUACUGAAAUGUUUUCAUUUAAAGAGGUUCGCGUUUGGAGCCGGACAAACCAGGGAGUGGAGAGGUUUCGGCGCUCAGUGGGAGGCGCUGUGAAGGGAUGCAGCUCGGUGGAGGAGGCGGUGAGGGGAGCAGAUGUCAUAGUGACCGUAACUGGGUCGACUGAGCCGGUUCUGUUCGGUCAGUGGGUCAAACCAGCUGCUCACGUAGCCGCGGUGGGAGCCUGCAGGCCGGACUGGCGGGAACUGGAUGACGUGCUGAUGAAGGAGGCUGUGGUUUACGUCGACAGCAGGGAAGGAGCGAUGACAGAGUCUGGUGAUGUCAUCCUCUCUGGGGUCGAGGUGUUUGCAGAGCUCGGAGAUGUUAUUAACGGGACAAAAGCUGCUUACAGAGAGAAGAUAACUGUGUUCAAAUCUCUUGGAAUGGGAGUAGAGGAUGCGGUGUCUGCUAAGCUGGUGUUUGACCAAUGGACAGCCCAGAYAGGUUGACUCUAUCUUUGUUUCUGAUUCCUCACAGAAUCACACAAGAUGAUCAAGACUAAUACAACAUGGACACUAUCUGACAACCUGAAAAUCCCACCACUGAGUUUGUGUUUGCAGCAUCUCCACUGUUACAAAUUUACCUCUUUAUUGAUUUAUUUUCACUGGAAUUUUAGGUUUUAUUGUUGUUUUCACRUAAUGCAAAAUGCAAACAACUGAAUGAAUGUGUUACAUGGAAAUGAAGAUGCYUUUGAAUCAAGAGUACAAUAUAUAAAGUAAAAAUAGCUUUA